CAUUCUUUCUUCAUCCUUGAUCGCCGCUAAUGUCUAUCCUCCGGCACUGUCCAUCUACUGCAUCCUCAUUCAUCAUAAACACAUAACAACUUAUUUAUAUCCCUGUCUAUCUAUACCUCUUACUACUCUUUCGAUUCUAUUCUCCACAUCGAACACCUCUCUUCCGUCUCACACACCCCUCUCUCCUAAUUGCUUCUGAUACACACAUAUUACACCCUCCCUUAGUUCGUUGCCCCCUCUUCACAUAUGGCAGUAGCAGUCUCAGGUAACCUGUGCACCUGCCUGUUCCGGUACCUGGUGCUGGGAUUCCUAGCCUUCGCCUUCUUCUAUACGACGGGGUCGUUGUUGUUCCCGGACCUGAGCUCGGAGGACCUCCGCAAGAAUGCAGCUGGCCUGAUUCAACGGGGUGCUGGAGCUGCAGGUGUCAGUGCCGGCUCACUGUCCUGGAUCGAUGCCCAGUACCCAACCUUUGAGACCGAAAGUAUUCACUACAGCAAGCAAAAAAUGGCUAUCCAGCCCGUCAAUCGUCAAGGUUUACAACAGAAUACCAGCAAUCAGCAUCUGGUCGACGAGGAUUUCUAUCUGUCCAAAGUGUACAGCACAGCCAUGCAGCCUUCGAAGGUGAUCCCGUACUAUUUUCGGGCAGAGGGCGUCUUUGACAAGGAGGAGGUCACCAUCACCACUCUGAUCACUGAGAACAGAUUCGAAGUAUUCACAAAGCUGGUGCGCAACUACCGCGGCCCAAUUUCUGUCAGCAUCUGGAUCCGCGAUGAUGAGUUCAAGGACCAGCAUUUCCAGGCACUUCACGACCUCUACGGAUCCGAACCACUACUGAAGCAAUAUGUGGAUGUCCAUGUGGUGGUCGACCGAUUUGAUUUCCAGCUCAACAUGUGGCGUAAUGUCGCUCGAUUGUUCGCACGGACAGAUUACUUUAUGUUGCUGGACGUCGACUUCCAUAUCUGCACGAAUCUGAGAAAGCACUUGCAGGAGAAUCCCUAUGCGAGGCAACUGCUGCGCGAGGGUUCUGCUUUGAUCUUGCCAGCUUUCGAGUUCACGCACGAGGAAGACGGUGUCGACUCGGCCACGUUCCCGGUCGAAAAACAAGCGGUCGAAAAGUUGGUGGCCGACAAGAACUUGAUGGCGUUCCAUUCUGCAAAGUUCGUUCCUGGACAUGGAGCGACGGAUUAUCCAAAGUGGUUCAAGACCGAUGAAAUUUACCGGGUCACAGAAUUCAACUACAAGUACGAGCCAUAUGUGAUCCUGAAGAAGGAGGGAACUCCCUAUUGUGAUGAGCGGUUCGUUGGCUAUGGUGCAAACAAGGCGGCCUGCUUGUAUGAGAUCUACAUCUCUGGUAUCGACUAUUAUGUUUUGCCAAAAGACUUUUUGAUCCAUCAAUCGCAUGCCUAUCUUGAAUCCAAGCGUUCUGGUGGUCGCAAACUGAACGGAGAGUUGUAUACAGCUUUCAGAGAUGAGCUGUGCUUCCGGUACGCACGAGCGAUGUACUUUGCCAACGAGCUAGACACGCGCAAGGCUGCGAACAUGAAGUCUCAGUGCUCGAAUCUCAAGGGGUUCAAGGCUGCAUUGGAGGCCUUCCCACAGAUGUGGCCGACCACUGCACCAUUAACCUCAUUGCCCGCCGGCUCCCCUUCCACGACAACGCCCAAGCGUCGUAGGACAUAAUCAGGUACCGGUGAGGAAGGGAUGGACAUCAUAGAGAAAAGAGUUAAUUAGGCGCUAAAACGGAAUGGUCAUGGACCCAUAGAAAUUUUGCCCAGGAAACAUUAAAGCCAAAAAAAAAAUGUAAAGAACAAGAUGCGAGGAC